GAGCAGAAUUCCCCUGAGAGAGCUGAAAGGAAACCCCCUCCUGCUCUCCUGUAAGCAGGAUGGGGGGGUCGGGGUGUUGCUGUUUCACUUUCACUUUCACAUGCUGAGUUUAAAAGCUGCAGCAGCUCUUCAGUCGUUUCAGCUUCUCUAGAGGAACAAGAUGAACGGAUACGUGAGUCCAGGCUCCUUCAUCACCAACAACAAGGAGCUGAGGAUGGUAAUGGUGGGGAAGACCGGGAUCGGGAAGAGCGCCACCGGGAACACCAUUCUGGGACGCGGGUGCUUCCAAUCCAAGUGCAGCGCCAGGUCUCUGACAGUGGACUGCUCCAAAGGCAGAGGCGUGGUGGACGGGCAGCAGGUGUCCGUCAUCGACACCCCCGGCCUGUUCGACACCAGGUUUGGAGAAGACAAGACAGCCAAAGAUCUGGGCCAGUGCAUCUCCUACGCUGCUCCUGGACCUCACGUCUUCCUGGUGGUCAUCGCCGUCGGCAGAUUCACUCAGGAGGAAAAGCUAACGGUCCAGAAGAUCCAGCAGAUCUUUGGUCAGGCUGCAGAUCGGUACAGCAUGGUCCUCUUCACUCAUGGAGACCACCUCGAUGGUCCCUUUGAAGAGUUCCUGAGUGAAAGUCCAGAGCUGCAGGAGCUGGUCAGGAGAUGCAACGGUCAGUAUCACGUCUUCAACAACAAGCUGCAGGAUAAGAAGCCUCAGGUCAGAGAGCUGCUGCAGAAGGUCAGAACCAUCGUGCAGAAGAACGGAGGAAGCCACUACACCAACCAGAUGUUCCAGGAGGCCGAGAGAGCCGUUGAAGAGGAGAAACAACGAAUCCUGAAGGAGAAGGAGGAGAAAAAACGCAGAGAAAAGGAGGCCAUGGAGAGAGAGAUACAGGCCAGAUACCAAAGUCAGGUGGAGCAGAUGAAGGCAGAAUUUCGGGCUGAGAUGGAGAGGAGCCAGAGGGAAUUCCAGGCUGUGAGGGAGAGGAGAGAGAAGGAAUUCCAGGCUGAGAGGGAGAGGAGCCAGAGGGAGAGGCAGGAGACCCUUGAGGAGAUGGAGAGGGAGCGAGACCUCAGACAGACUGAAGCAAACAGAUACAGAGAGCAGCAAGAACAAAAUCUGUCCGCCCAGCUGAGGAGCUUAGAGGAGGAGCAUGAAAGAAAAAGGCAGCAAAUGAGGGCGGAGCUUGAAACCAGGUAUGAAGCACAGGCCCGUUGCGAAGCCGAGCACAGGAAUCCGUUUGCCUUGUUCGGGAGAGGUUUGGGACUCAUUGUAGAUGGGUUCAAAGCCAUCUUUGGUUACUGACCUUCAGAGCUCUUUUCUUCUUCUAACGCGGUCCAGAGUCCCGCCCACAAACACUUUGACGCACCAUUAAAAUCUUUCUUUCAGAAGGAUCAGGACUUCCACUGAUCUCCAGAGGAUGGUCGAUGUUUGCUCCUGAUGAUCAGAACCAGAGAUGUGAUCGUGCAUGAAUUCAUGUUUCCAUUUUUUAUAUUUUCUUUCCUUUUCGUUAAAUUGUUGUCAAUCAUUCUGCUGAGCUGCACCUCAAU